AUGUCGGGUAUCUUGUUUGAAGACAUGUUUGUGAUUGACUCUGUCGAUCAGGCACGGUACAAUAAGGUCAGCCGUAUCGAGGGCCAGUCGUCCACUUCCCAAGAAGUGAAGAUCACAUUGGACAUCAACAGUGAGUUGUUCCCUGUGAAAGACAACGAUUCGUUGACAAUCACAUUGGCCUCCUCUUUGGGUAAUGAGUCUUCCAUGAUGACCUCAAAUGGCUCAUGGAGACCGCCUAAGCGUGGCGACCGCUCGUUGGCAGAUGACUACGAUUAUGUAAUGUACGGCACAGUAUACAAGUUUGAAGAAAGCUCGGAAAACGACAAGAUGGCCGUAUACAUCUCUUUUGGUGGGUUGUUGAUGCGUUUGGAGGGUGGCUACCGCUCGUUGUCGAACUUAAAACAGGAAAACGCAUACAUUUUGAUCCGUCAUUACAAGGACAACUAA